AUGAUGGAGGGGAGUAGGGAGAGCGAGGGUGGGGAAGAAGUCGGGGAGGGUAGUGGGGUGGAUGAAGGGGGGGAACAUGAGGGUGGGGAGAAGCGGAAGCAGCAGAAGGUGAGGUGGACCAGACUGCUGCAGGGAGUGGUGAAGGAUAUUAAGAAGAAAGAAAGCAAACUGCUUAUAUCGAGUUCAACUCUAGACAGUCCCUCCGUCCCUUCUGCUUUCUCGGGAUCAUCCGGUGGUGCUUUCAGUGCUUCUGGGUUUUCCUCCUCUUCCUCCCACCCUUCUACGGGUACCGCACUGCACCACAGGGUACCGGUUCAGGACCACUCCAGGCCAUCUGAAUCCCAGAAGCAACAGUAUAUAGAUAUGCCUCUGGCGAAGAGCUUUAGUAGUAGCCUGCCGGCUGUGGGUGGGGAGGCGGAUGUGGGAUCGCCUAUGCACGCAGCAGCUGGUGCUGACACGUGGCAGGCUGUGAGUGGUGGAGGAGGUGGAGGAGGCGUGGGGAUGGGGCAGGGAGGGGAAGGGGGAGAGCGGGGGGAGGAUGAGGGGGUGGAGGAGAGGGCAGGGAGGGCGGGUGGGAGGGCAGGGAGGGUGUGGCGGGAGGGACGGAUGAGGGAGCGGGGGGGGGCGCACAAGGGAGGGGGGGAAGGGGGAGCGGGCGCAGCGUGGGUGAGGGGAAUGAAGAAGGCGCAUAAGAAGCUUAUAGGGUACCUUGGUGCAUCAGAUAGCUUCGGGGGAGGGAAGGAGGUGGGGGAGGGGGAGGAGUGGGCGUGGGGGCAGGAGGAGGGGGACAGGGAGAUGGGGGAGGAGGGGGAGUGCUGGGCGGGGGAAAGGUUGCGGGGAAGCUUGGGGGAGAGGGGCAUGAAGGGGGAGCGCUGGGCGGCGGAGGGGGAGGAGGAGGGGGAGUGGGCGGAGGUGGGGGGGGAGGAGCAGGGGGAGGGAGGACGGGCGCAAGGAGGAGGCUGCGGAAGGUGCUGA